GCUACCUAGUAGCUGUGUUUGUAUUCGUCCGAGGAUUUCUCGGGGAUCGGUUAACAAAAGUCAGGGUGUUGGAUAGUAGCGGAGGAGAGAUAGAAUUAGUCAUUGGGAGGCUCGGUAAAGGAGUAAAUUAUGAAUAAGCGCGAAGAUAGCGAGGGUAUGAUCAUUGGUGUCGAGGAUUCGCGAGUCGAGUGUAAAUACGGUGCGGACUGUUUUCAAAAGAAUCCCGAACAUCAUAGGAAAUAUAAGCAUCCAAUUAGUAAUAAGGAAAAUGACGAGAAGGAAUCGAAUAGUAGUAUGAAGAGAAAAUCUCCGGAUAAUGAAGGAAGCAGUUCGAGUGAGUUGUCGAGGAAUAAGAAGCAAAAUGUAUCCUCGAAUUUGGAAGGGAGCCUAAAUGCUGCUAAAGCUGAAAAUGAAUGUGCCAAAGACACGGAGGAUACUUAUAGCGAUGCUAGACAGUUGAUUCUUGAGAUAUUUCUUGUAUCGAUGCCCAAUGACUUCUAUCGGUUUUAUAAUUUUUGUAGAGAAUUGAAACCCAACGAGCCAUCCACCGCAUUCAAGAUCGUCGAUAUAAAAUUAGUCGGCCCUUACGAUGUAUUAAACGGACUGAUUACUAAGAGUACACCUAAGCAAAGUAGCUUACUCACCCAUUGGAGGUAUUAUUACGAUCCUCCGGAAUUUCAGACAAUUCUGAAAGGAAACGAUAAGGAAGGCUUACAUUUUGGUUACUGGAGAGACAGACCGAGCGGCGAGCCUGUUUUUGUGGCGUCGAAUUCCUGCAAUGUUAAUUGCAAAAUCAAGCCCGUAGCUGAAAAUAUAUUUGGCGCUAUAGCGCUCUACAUGGAGGAGAGAAUAAAGAAAGCUAAUCCAUUUGAAAAGACAAGCUACUUCAACCUUCUGGGUAAGAUCAAGGCUUAUGCCACUAAGCACAAUAUCUCCCUUCAAGCUAAGACACCAAAAAUGAGUUCUAGAGAGAAAAAUGUCGUAGCUAGAACAAUUCAUGGCGCUGGGAUUGUUUGUCCUUACAAUAAGAAAUCGCAACUCGGCUAUCGAGAACUAUCGGUGAGCGACAGCCAAUUGUUGAAAAUUGUUAAGAAGAUCGAUGAUGCAAAGUCUGACGAGGACAGAUUAGAGCCUCGCACAGAGCUUGGCGAAGUUGUCAGACUCGCCACUAUUGCAGGCGACGAAUGUGAUUUUGGUACUUGCCUCGAGUUAGGACACGAUCUAUUAAGUACCGGCUGUACGUAUGUGCAAAAUGCCGCUUUAUUAGUAUUAUCCAUUGCUUACAAUCAGUUGGAACGACAGGCAUUCUUAAAAAUCGUUGAGGAGCACAUGAAGAACAGGAAGAAAGGAUGUAACACUGCAGCGCUUCCUGAUAUAUUACCAAAGAAAUCUACCGUUUUAUAAUGCUUUAUCGAAUGAAAUUUUACUACUUUAUUUAUAGAUAGCUUACUACGUCUCUUUUUUCAUUUUC